AUGGACAUUGGGUCCGAAAACACAUUGUUCGCGAACAACGAAGGACCCUCCGACCGCUAUUCACGUUCGCUAUCGAACCUCAUCAACUCUAUCGCCAGUGCCAGCUUCCUCACCAUUCCACUCCCCGCUUCUCCAAAACAUCCCCAACUAGUUUCACCCGUGUCCGCCAGUCCCGCUAUCAACAACGUGCCUCUCAUCAAUAUACCAAUUCCCGCUGCUCCAUCACCAGUCCAAUCAGCGCCCCAAGAACUGCCCGUACUAGAAAUCCAGUCAGUGUUGCAACUCCUCUCGGUACCGCAGGUCGAACCAGCACCACAAGUACAGCUCGUAACGGAACCCCAACCAAUGCCGGAGCUCCACCUAACACCAGAAAUCGAGCCAGCACUGGAGGUUCAACCAACACCACAGGUUCAACCACCAGCAGAAACGCAGCCGGUGACAACCACACAGCCAUCUCGCGAGCCAAGUGUCGAAACCGGUACCACUCCCCCCGAUAUACAACCAAACCUCCCCACCUGGCUGCGCAAUAUACUGAACUGA